AAGAGCAGAUCCAGUUUGAUUUCAAGAUCGCAUCUGAAUCAUAAUAUAUAUCAUGAUCAAAGAGGAGACUGUUUCAUGCAUACAACCUCUCGAUGGUGUUAUGGAAGAAUCUGAUAAGGAAGAGGAGCUUGAUGCAACAAAAGCAAAGGUGGAGAAAGUUAGGGAAGAAAAUGAGAAAUUAAAGCUCUUGCUCUCCACGAUUCUUAAUAACUACAACUCUCUUCAAAUGCAAGUCUCCGAAGUUAUCCGCCAACAACAAGGAGCUUCUACGGAGCUAGACGUUGAUCAUGAUCAUGACAAAGAUAACGACGAUCUUGGUGUAGAUAUAUCACUUAGGCUUGGAAGAUCACCAGAGCAAACGGUCUCCAAAAGAGAGGAAAAGUUUGACAAGGUUUCUGAUGAUAACGAGGAAGGAACAAGAAAGAAAAGAUCUGCACUGGCUUUAGGAUUUCAGAUUCAAAAUUGUGAAGAUUCGACCUCGAAAUUAGACUAUCUUUGUAGACAAGUUAAGAAUGUAAACAACGCGGAGAAUAAAUGUGUAUCGUCGAGGAAAGAUGUCAAAACAGCUAGAAAUGAAAAUCAUCAUCAAGAUGUUUUGGAAGAGCAUGAUCAAGCAAUUUUGAAGAAAACUAGGGUUUGUGUUAAAGCAGCAUGUGAAGACCCAUCAAUCAACGACGGUUGCCAAUGGAGGAAGUACGGUCAAAAGACAGCAAAAACCAAUCCUCUUCCACGAGCCUAUUACCGUUGCUCCAUGUCCUCAAAUUGUCCCGUCAGAAAACAAGUACAAAGAUGCGGAGAAGAAGAUACAUCCGCGUUUAUGACAACAUACGAAGGAACUCACGACCAUCCUCUUCCCAUGGAAGCAACCCACAUGGCAGCUGGAACUUCCGCGGCUGCCUCUUUAUUACAAUCUGGUGUCUCCUCUUCCUCCUCAUCCACCUCCGCGAGCCUAAGCUACUUCUUCCCAUUUCACCACAUCUCUAUCUCCACCACUAACUCCCACCCCACAGUAACACUGGACCUCACAAGACCAAACUAUACCAACCAAUCACCAAUAUCUUCCUCCUCUUUCAGUCUCAACUUCUCCUCCUCUGAUCCUCCACCUCCAUCAUCUCAAGAUCACACCUUGAACUUUAGUGGCUUGCGAACACAAGCUCCUUUGAGUACAGAUUCCCUAAUGGCCCGUUGUCGAACGAGACUUUCAGGACACCAGUAACUAUAUAUAUCCGUUUCCUUUGUCAUUCAUUUGAUUUUAAGCCUCAAAGAAAUAUUUGGUUUUGGCAUGAUAUGCGAAUUGCAUGUAUACUUGUAUAUAUCCAAGUGUUUAAAUUAGUGGAUUACCAAUCAUAUCAUUGAGCAUAUGAAAUAUGAAGCUUUUGUAAAUGUAUACUGCCCUACAAACAAUUUACUAAACAAAAUAUAAAUUUACUUUUUGUAUAA